UCUCUCUCUCUCUCUCUCCGGUUGAGUUUCAAACCUAGAAAAAAAAAUAGCCCUCCACCAUCUUUUCUGGCUAUUCUUUGUUCGCACAUAACACCCUAUUCUUUCUAUAUAAACAUUUACAUUUGUCAGCAGAAAGAUUGUUGAAAUAUAUAGUAGUGUUAUAAGAGAUAAAACAUAAAUGAUGGCAACAUCACCUUCGGAAAUAUGCCUUGAUUGCAAACCCCACAGCUAUGCUGUCCUGCUAAAAUCUUUUGGAGAGCAGACUGCAGAUCAGACACAAAAGAUCGAGGAGUUCCUCGCCCACCUCGAGGAAGAACGCCUCAAGAUUGACGCAUUCAAGCGCGAGCUUCCCCUCUGCAUGCAACUUCUCUCCAAUGCCAUGGAGACUUCAAGGCAGCAGUUACAGGGCUACCUGGCGAAUCAAGGGCAACGGCCAGUUCUUGAAGAGUUCAUACCCCUUAAACAUUCAAGCACUGAGGGAUCAGAAAAGACAUCAAACAUGUCUGAUAAGGCAAAUUGGAUGACAUCAGUACAACUAUGGAGCCAAGCAAGUGAUGGAACCAAAUCACAAUCUAGCAUAGCAUCUCCUAAAAAAACUGAUACUGGUUUUAGUGUUAGUCCUCCCAAGCUAGAUCUAGAAAACAAACAGAGAAAUGGUGGGGCUUUUCUUCCAUUCUCGAAAGAUCGAAACUUGUAUCCAAGCCCGACAUUACGGGCUCUUCCUGAUUUGACCCUUGCUUCAAAUGACAAAGAGAUGGAGGAUAGAAAGUGUUUGGAAACUAAUUCAAGAGGGGAGACCUGUGUAAAGGGUGGGAAUGGAGCUACGACAACAGAGCAAGGAAAAGGAGGUGGUACUGCCGCAGAUUCGCAAAUAGCCACCAACAACACAACCACCCCUACUACUAAUCAAACACAUAGGAAGGCAAGGAGGUGUUGGUCGCCGGACUUGCAUCGGCGUUUCGUGAAUGCUCUUCAGAUGUUAGGUGGUUCUCAAGUGGCCACCCCAAAACAAAUCAGGGAGCUCAUGAAGGUUGAUGGUUUGACAAAUGAUGAAGUUAAAAGCCAUUUGCAGAAAUAUAGACUUCACACAAGGCGACCAUGUCCAAGCCCACAGCCCACUGCAGCACCCCGGCUGGUGGUCUUAGGCGGAAUAUGGGUCCCACAAGAGUAUGCUGCCGCUCACGGUGCUCCUCAGGCUGCUCUAUACGGUGCACACCCAACCACCCAUGCUUCCCUACACUACUGUGCACCACCAGUGCCCCAAGAGUUCUAUCCAGCCCCAGCACCGCCAUCCCAGCCCCACCACCAGUUGCACCACCACAACCUCCACCAUCAACUCCACAUGUACAAGCUUCCCUCACAGACCCAUAGCUCCCCGGACUCCGAUGUCCGGGGCACCGGUGACCGGUCUGAGAGCAUUGAAGAUGGCAAGUCCGAGAGCAGUAGCUGGAAAGCCGACAGUGGGGGCGAGAACGGAGGAGAUAGGAAAAUCUUGGUGCUCCGGGAGGAUGGUGAAGAGAGCAAUGGAAGUGAUAUCACUCUCAAGUUCUAAAUUUUUCUGUGAUUAGUGUUGUAAUUUAAUAUCUAGGUUCUGGGUUAGAGUCUCUACUGACAAAAUGUAGUUUCUGGAUUAUCAGAUAUGUAGAGGGUAAAAGGGGAAUAAUGAAAGUGAGUAUUUGUUUUGUUU